AUGUCCAACGCACCAGGUGCUAGCACAGCCGAGUUCGGCCAGCCACUGCGAAAGUUCAAGCUGGUCUUCCUCGGCGAACAGUCGGUCGGCAAGACGUCGCUCAUCACACGGUUCAUGUACGACACGUUCGACAACACGUAUCAAGCGACGAUCGGCAUCGACUUUCUCUCGAAAACCAUGUACCUGGAGGACAGGACAGUGCGUCUGCAGCUCUGGGACACGGCUGGUCAGGAGCGGUUCCGAUCUUUGAUUCCAUCAUAUAUCCGAGACUCGUCGGUGGCAGUUGUGGUGUAUGACAUUACGAACCGAGCAUCAUUCCAAAACACAGCGAAAUGGGUCGACGACGUACGAGCAGAGCGCGGCAACGACGUGAUCAUUGUUCUGGUCGGCAACAAGACAGAUUUGAGCGACAAGAGACAAGUGACAACGGAAGAAGCAGAGAAGAAGGCGCAAGAGUUCAAUGUGAUGUUCAUCGAGACAUCGGCCAAGGCGGGGCACAAUGUCAAGGUGCUGUUCAAGAAGAUCGCACAGGCGUUGCCUGGAAUGGACAAGGAUGCGGAUGCGGCGAAUGGCGCUGCCACUGCCAACAAGACCAUCGACGUGACUGCUGCGCCAGCAACAGCGACCAACGAGGAUGGAUCUUCGUGCAAGUGUUGA